AUGGCGCUUGAUGCCUUUUGCUGCACCGAACCGUGCGAUUGGUCAAAAAUCCCGAUAUGUCUACAAUCUAUCGGGAUUUUUGGCAACGUCUUGACGGGCGUGGGGCAAUUAUCCAGGAACUUGGAGGAGGCAUUGGAGGAAUUGGAGAGAGAUGUUCCGAAUUCCCAGCACUUUGCAAAUGUAGCAACAAAGAUCACUUCGACUUCGAGCCUUGCUUUCUUGGAAUUAUCUUGCACUAGGUCUUCGCAGCAGUUGCUUCUGUGGAAACAAGCAUUUCACGCUCGUUACAAGAAGUCGCCGGAAGAGGUCGUUGCUUGCCACACAACUGGAGAUUUUCGUGAGCUGCUGCUGUCACUUAUGAGCUCAUACCGUUAUGGUGGAGAUGAGGUGGACUUGACUCUGGCGAAAGAAGAGGCUAAGAUGCUCCGUGAGAAGAUCUUAGAGAAGGCUUACAGUGACAAGCAUCUCAUAUGGAUUUUGGCCUCUAGGAGCAAAGCACAUCACUCCAGUGAGUUUGGAAAUGAUAUCAACAAGGAUUUGAAAACUGAUCCAAAAGACAAGUUCCUUUUUAUGCUGAGAGCUACAGUCAGGUGCCUGACUCGCCCUGAGAAGUAUUUUGAGAAGGUCCUCUGUUUGGCUAUCAAAAGGCAAGGAACAGAUGAAGCGGCUCUGAUUAGAGUGGUUGUUACCAGGGCUGAGGUCGACAUGAAGUUAAUAACUGAGGAGUACCAAAGAAAGAACAACGUCCCCCUCCAUCGUGCCAUUGUCAAGGACACUCAUGGAGAGUAUGAGAAAAUGCUUCUGGCCAUGGUUGGCCAUGCAGACCCAUAAUUUAUAAGUACUUGUGAAGCUGUCUGGUAGAAGCAAUGUGCCUACCUCGGUGUGGUUUGAGGUGUCUAUGUUUUCAUUGCUGUCAUAUAAAUUUGUAGGUUUUCACGAUGCCCGGUUACGAAGGCAUCUGCUAGCUGUGUGAAGCAAAUAUGCCUGGUUAAAAAGGCAUCUGCUAGCUAUGUGAAGCAAAUACUUUAUUUUUUUUUUAUCGUGGCAUUGGUGUCUAUGUUACAAAUUUGUAGGUAUUCACCAUGC